AUGGCGACCUCCAGCGAGCUCGGGACGGAUUGGCAGAGGUCGGCUGGCGACUUCAGUUGCUCGAGCUGUGGCCGCAAGCGCCUCCCCGCCUCGGAGUUCUCCAAAAAGCAGGUGGAGAAGGCCCUCGAGUCCCUCCGAACCAUCCCAGACAAGGACAUCCGCCAGGGCCCUGAGAUACAGCAGGUUGUGUAUCUCAGCGGCAUCUGCAAGCGGUGCACGGAGGAGAAGGAGGCCACCGAGCGCGCCGAGGCACAGGCGAAGCGAGAGCAGCGCGAGGAGUCGAUCGCCGAGGCGGAGGCGGCAAUGGGGCCGCCGGAGCGCGUGGAGGUCUCGCUCGGCGAAAGGCCGUUCGGCAUGACGCCCUCGAAGGCCGAGGGCGCCGGCUACCUCGUGGUGAAGGUGUCGGACGGCAAGCCCGCGGCCAGGGCGGGCGUCAGGCUGGGGUGGCGCGUGGUGGAGGUGGCGGGCGCCGCCUGCGGGAGCGCAAGCAUGGAGGACACUCAGGCGAUGCUGAAGGCCGCCGAGCUGCCCGCGAGCGUCGUCUUCGAGGCCCCGCCCGCGGGCGCCGAGUUCUGCACGGCCUGCCACCGGGUGCUGGCCGCGCCGCACUUCUCGCGGAAGAUGCGCACGCGGCCCCCGGAGAGGCGGCGGUGCACGCCGUGCGUGGAGGCGUCGGAGGCCGACGCGGGCGCCGAGGGCGACGGGGCCGAGGCCGAGGCGGCGCCGCCGCAGGCCGCGGGGGGGCCGCUGGCGGAGCUGCGGCAGCUGUGCGCCGAGACCGCCCGGGAGGCCGAGCUCGUCACGGGCAUCCGGGCGAAGGGCGGCGGUGGCCGCGGCGGCAGGGGGCGGGGCGGCCGCCGGUAG